GUGGAAGAGGCAGGGGGCGUGGUGCGGAGCGUGGUGGAGGUGGUAGUGGAGUCAACGGAUGCCCACACCCCCCUUGUCUGCCAGGCGGCGAAUACCCCCUUAGUGCCGCCUCUUAGAACCCCUCUGCACCUGCUUGUCUUAUUGUCGCCGUCUUGGGUUCGUAUCGUGGGUGCCAACAAGCCAAUGUCUGCGGGACUGACCUAUGUGGUGGAGUGUCGCUCUAAGGGCGCCCGUCCCCCCCCCCGUUCUCACUUGGUCCGUGGGCGGCGAGACACAGGUGCACACCUCGUCCCAGACUGAUUCAGAAGGGGAGACAGUGAGCCGCCUGUGGUACACCCCGAACGCCUCACAUGCUGGUUCCCUUCUGACCUGUACCGCCCGCCCACCUGACCACGCCGCCCACAGCACGCCCACCUCAUGGAUGAAGAGCGACUCAGUGUUUCUCAAUGUUAUGUAUAAACCAAAGGUGGAACUAAAUUUCCAACCACUUGAGACCUCGCGAGAUGACAAGCAAAGACGCCUUCCGCCCUUCUCCCCUUCCUCCUCCUCUUCCUCCUCCAGUAAACACGAAAGGAAGGGGGAAUCUAGCAUCAUCGCUAAGAAGAGAGAGGAAAAUUUAAGCACAACCCGGAGCCAACAAGAUGGAGAAAAAGAAAUAAAUGAGAGUGAAGUAGGUGCAGAAAACAACACGAGACAGGAGAAAGAAGAGGAAAAGGUUGCAGAGGAUGGCAAGGAAGAGGAGGAGGAGGAGGAGGAGGAGGAGGAGGAGGAGGGUAUGUACAGCUUGUCGGAAGGGGUGGGCGGAGUUUUGCAGUGCCACGUGAGAGCCAACCCUCCUGCCUUUCGCGUCAGCUGGCACCGUGACGGAGCGCCUCUGAUCCUGGAGUCUGGCAGCUCGGAGGACAUGGUGAUGGGCAACAUGAGCAUCGUGGUGCAGAAAGCCACCCCGGAGGAUGCUGGGGACUACACCUGCACGGCUCACAACUCCGAGGGCUCCUCCCGCAGCAAUCCGGUCAAGCUGAGGAUUAACCAUGGCCCCACGUGCAAGCGGUCUACGCCCUUAGUGCUUGGCGUGCCCCGCCACCACUCACUCAACGUGACGUGCCAGGUUUCCUCCUUCCCACCUCCGUCAGGGUUCUCCUGGGCCUUGCACACUUACCUCGGCCGCCUGCAGGUGCCCCAGGACAGAAUCAACUGGCAGGGCACCACCUCCUGGAUAACCUACACGCCGCGGGCGACGGAGGACUACGGGGAGCUCAUCUGCUGGGCUCACACCCACAGAGGCCGCCGGCAGCAGGUGCCCUGUGUCGCCCGCCUGGUGCCUGCCGACACGCCAGACGCUCCAGAGAGAUGCCGUGUCUCACGAAGGACACCAUCCUCCCUCACCGUAUCCUGCAUCGCCGCCCAUGACGGAGGACUGCCCCAGACCUUCCACGCAUGGGUGUCCUUUGAAGGGCAGCAUGUAAAUAACGCCAGCAGUGCAACUUCCGAGGUGACGGUGCGCGGCCUGCAGCCAGCCACCGUGUACAGCCUCAUCCUGUGGUCUGCUAACACAUACGGUAACAGCAUGAGGGUCAAGCUGCAGGCCUCCACCACACCUUCCAACGUGACAGUGUCCACCUCCAGCAGCAUGAACGGCCACUCCACGAAGGACACCACCAAGGAGGGGCCCUUCGACAGUUUGUACCCUUCCCUGGUGGCUGUGGUGGCUGUUGUCACGGUGGUGGGCAUAGUGGUGGGCGUGGUGGCGGGCUUGCUCAGCCGUCACAUUACCGUCCCGGUGCGUCACUCUGCUGACCAAGAUGACGAAGACGACUACCACGCCGCCCCGCCCCCCUCACCUGGCCGCCGCCUCAAGGUGCACCUGCGGCGCUCAGGCAGGGGGAAUGGCUCCCUAGCGAAGCAAAUCCGUAGGCCCACAGCGCGCUACGAGUUUCUGGGGGCGGCGCCGCGGAGGGAGCCUCAUGUGUACGACGAUCCGGUGCCUCUACGACGGGAAAAGAAAGAUAAGGUCUAUGAAGAGCUUCGAGCAACGCCCGAGACCGAAUGUUCCACUCUCUCAGCGACACCAUCCGACCCGCCGGGCACGCUGACCCCUCCCCAAUUCCUUCAUUGGCCCCUCCCGUACUGCCGACUCCUGCGUAAUAAUGACUUCAAGGACGCCCCGAGGAAGCCAGUCAGGGUCGAUCCGCCCAAACUGCCUGACACGAGCGUGUGUGGAUCCCAGUCAUCUCCUGUCACCUCCACCCCAUCAGCUAAAUCGGUCCCGCGCCCAGAGUUCCGCUUGAUCCCCAUUCCGGAGACCAGCAAAAUACUCAAGAAUGCUGCGGAACAGGACACGAGACUCAAACAGCAUUUUACAAAAGACAUGUCAUCCCCCCUCACCAGCAGUAAGUCUAAAUUUCCAGCCAUAAGUGAGGAAGAGGAGAUCAAGCCAAGAGCCGCCAAGACCAGGGAUGCCUCUUGUAUAUCGAGAGAACCCCACACUCUGGCUGAAAAUAAUAAAGGGGUUCCGAUUGAAGAGGAACUUUCAGGGGACCAGAGUAAUGAGACAGCGCCAGUUCCCAAGGCAAUGGAGCAGGACGACAACACAAAGCAGCUUUCACGCCUCCUACGUCCACCAGGAUCAACUGUGAAACUGAAUACCGUGAACAGCAUGAAAACCACAUCUUGGGACCUCCAUAAAGUUAUGGCAGAGCAGGAAAAAAACAUCAAAGUGGACGAAAGCAUCGUCCUUCUCACUCCAAGAGAUCAUGAACCCAAAGUGGAGGAAGUAUUUUAUGACAGUACUCGCACCACCGUCACCAGCACAUCAAGGCCUUCCCUUCAUCACGCCGACACGACCACAACCGAUAAUUACAGCGCUUUUACCCGAAAGGAAGCAGCAAAUCAAGUAACUAAAAUGGCUUGCAAAGAGGAAAAAUCCACGCCGGGUAUGAACAACACGGAGGCGGCGACCACUGCAUCCUUGUUUCCUCAGCUUCCUGUCCACGGUGGAGACGAAGCGAGGAAACAUGACAGUGCGCAAGGAAACAAAACAUCCUACGUCUCCUUGACCGAUAAACUACAUCCAGCAAUAAAACAGAAUAGUAGUAGCAGUAGCAGUAGCAACAGACAGCACCAGCACCACCCAUACAACACAAGUCUAGCGAGCAUCAAGAGAAGUUAUAGAUCGCCAAUAUCAGCACAGCUCGCCACAAUUCUGGAUCCUAUGGUAAUCCCCGCGGAAGGCAGCGUCACCCCUCGCCUGUCAUCGGCCGGCCAGCGCAAGCCACGCAUCGGUCUUACUUCCCUGUUCAGUCUCACGGCAUCAUCAUCCUCCUCCAAUUCGUCGUCGUCCUCCUCCUCCUUCUCCUCGUCCUCCUCGUCCUCCUCCUCCUACAAGCGUGGUUUCAGGAGGUCUGCAAGGAGGGCAGACCUGGCGAGCCCGUUCUGGAGGCCGAGAAGUGUUCCCACGACCUCUGGACUCCAAAUAACCUCCCAUUGUUACCUUCAGACACCUAGCGCAUCCUCCUCUUCAUCCUCCUCUCCUCCCUCCCCAAGGUCAUCUUCCUCCUUCUCAGGUGCUUCUUCCUCUUCCUCAUCCUGCUUCCCAUAUUCCUCCACAGCCUCUUCUUCUCCUCUCUCAUCUUUUUAUUCAUCUGAAAACUCGCUACCAAUCUCUACCUCUCUCUCUCAGUCCUUUUCCUCCUUCCAGUUCCCGACCUCCCCAUCCUCCUUUUCCUCGUCUGCCACAUCCUCCUCAUCGUCCUCAUCUUCAUCCUCCUCCUCGGCAGUAACCAAGUCUCCUUUUUCUUCCUUUCUCUCUCCUUCCCUCACUUCUCACUCAGCUUCCUCUUUUCUCUCUCUCUCCUCCUGCUCCACUUCCCCGGAAUCAGGCUUUUCUGGACAAAUAACACCAACUUAGAGAGAGAGAGAGAGAGAGAGAGAGAGAGAGAGAGAGAGAGAGAGAGAGAGAGAGAGAGAGAAUCCUCAGUCAUAUUAAUUAAGGUCUGUGAACACCAAAACGUAACUCUAAUAAUGCCAUGUCUGCACACACCAGGUGACGAUACUAGAUAGGGCGCCUUCUAGUUUAGGCAGUUACCACACCUGUUUAACCCUUUGACUGCUAUGGUUUCUAUUCACGCUUAAUUAUAAUAUAUGGUCAGAUGGAUUUUUUUUUUCUAUGAAAAGGGGCACUAGCCAAGAGGAACAAAACUGGCGAAAAAAAAAAAAAAAGGCUCACCGAGAGUGCCAUUACCUAAAGAGAGGUCAAAAAAGGAUCAUCUAAAAUUGGAUGAUGAUAAGCGUCUUGAAUCUCUCUGUUGAAAGAGUUCAGGUCAGGAAGGAAGAAAUACAGAAGCAGGCAGGAAGUUCCAGAGUUAACCAUAAAAAAGGGACGAAUGAUUGAGAAUACUGAUCAACUUGUGCAUUCGAGAAGUGGACAGAAUAGGGGUGCGAGAAAGUAGAAAGUUUGAAACAUAAUUCUGAAAGAUACCACUGGCAGCAAGAGGAGUUACGAGUAGUCCCAGAUAUUUAUUUAUUUUUUUUCAUUAAAAUUAUCACUUAAGAUAUAUAGAAUAGUCAAUCAAAGGGUUAAAUUGGUAAAAACGAGAAUGAGAGGCAAUAAAGGCAACAAUACACACAAAACAUUACUAUUUUAUAUCACUCCUAUCAAUGUAAUUAAUAUCUGAAUUGUCUUUAUGAACUGAUUGCUAAGUUAUAUUACAAGUAUAACUAUGUACUAGGACCGAGCUUUAGUAAUUAAGUUUUUGUAAGUUUAUGUUAAAAAAGUAUGUAAUAAAAGUUUGUUACGCGUUUGUA